GGCAUACAGAGCCUGGUUGGUAUAGAGCGACGCAACAACGGCUAGGAAAUGAACGGAACGAGGGAGGAAGCAAGAAAUCAAGUGAGCUAAUAUGAACUAACAUAGGAAAGAGAAAGAUGUCGUGAGCGAACAGAUGUGUAAGAGCGUGGGGGUAGGUGAGGUAGAGGAUGGGUGUGUAGAUGAGAAGACUGAAGAGAAGAGCGGACAAAGAGAGGGGACGAAACGGAAUAGAAUGCAGUUGGAGUUGGACAUGCAAGCGCGUGUGCGCGGUGUCGUCUUUCCUUCUUUCCUUCUUUCUCAUCUUCUCUUCUCAUCUCAUCUCAGCAUCUCAUCCCAUCUCAACUCAACACCACUCCACUCCACCCAACAAACAAACAAACAACCCAAACCCAAACCCCAAACUACCAGCUCCCGCCCCCACCCCCACCCCUCCGCGCAAACCUCAACAACUUAACCACGCUCCCGCUCCACCCAUGCCCAUGCCCACCGUGACCAUUCCCGAGCAUGCCCGCCGCCGCGCCCGCGCCCGCCGCCCCCGCCACCGCAGCGCCAGGCAGCGCCACAUGCGCCGACGACGCGGUACUGCCCGCGGGCGCGGGCACGACGCCCCUGCGCGCGGCGCGGCGGGGGAAGACGCGGGGGCCAAAGUAGCGGAGCGGGAGGUAGGCGGCGACGCUCAUGGCGGAGAGGUUGAGCGUUAGGGCUACGAGCUCCGAGGAGAGGGUUAGGGUCUUGAGGGCGGGCAUUUUGUGGUGGGUUGUGGUGUUGGGUUGUUGUGUGUGGAUGGUGUGGGUGUGGAUCCUUAGGUAGGUAGGCGGGCAGGUGUUGGUGUGCCGCUUGCUUGGUCCUGGUCCUGGCUCCUUGGAGCA